CGUGGUUUGACACCUUCAAAACAGUAUUUAGGGUCAAGGAUUUCCGAGAAUUUCCAAAAUACACAUUCUUUUUUUUUUUCUUUAAUUAAAGAAAAAGCAUGUACAACUAAAUAAUAACUUACUUUGGAUAUCUGAAUUUAGUAAUUGAAUGUUUUUCUUGUGAAUAACAUUUUUCCUUUCCUAUAGACUUGUUUUUCACUCGUGUUCUUUUUCGUUUGUUUUUCCUUCUUUUUUUUGGCUUUGUGCGAAUAAUACCCAGAUAUUUAAUUUUUUAGUCGUUCAUUUCCUCGUUUUUUGUUUUCGUUUCUAUUUCAAUCUCACUUUCUUCAGUCGAUUCCUUGUUUUUGAUUAAUAUGACACAACUUCGACUUGGCCAAAUUACUCAUUUUCUGCGUCGCUCAAAGUUCAUCCUUUUAGCUACAGCUCUGCUCAUCGGAUUAUGUACGUUUACAUUCCAUUUUAAUCUUUUAUCCCCAAGCGUUUUGCAUGCCUUUGAGGGACAAAUGUCAACUGAACAAGCAUUUGUGGAUCUUCAGGGUGACCCUAACAAGUAUACGUUUAUGGCAUUACUUACCCCGCCUUCCUCUGAAAAUGACCCUUAUUUCAAUGCGACUAGGGUCCUAGUUCAUCGCUUGAAGCAUCAUCCUGUUACAAAAAGUAAAUAUCCCAUUCACAUUAUGGUUGUCCGCGGGGUUGACGAAUGGAAAAUUCGUCGUCUGGAGGCUGAUGGUGCUUCUAUCAUCAUGGUUGAUCCAAUUUCUCCAUCAAACAUGGUUGUCGACGUUGAAUCCAUGGACCAUGACGUUUCCAAGCGGUAUGAACACAUGUUUACAAAGCUUCGUAUUUUUGAGCAAACCCAGUUUGACAAACUCUGUGUUGUUGAUAGUGACAUUCUGAUUCUGAAAAAUAUCGACGAUAUAUUUGAUACCCCUUAUCAAGGAAAACCACGCACUCCUGUUAAAACUGAGCAACGUCGCUACAAGGAUCCAAAAGAUGACUCAGAACACUACUUUGAAGAAAAUUUUGAAGAAUACGGUGCGAGCAUCGAUGAUUUUUAUCCUUACCUUUUAGCAGCCGUUUCUGACAGAGGAGAGCACCAUAUGAUCCCACCUGAACCUAUUGGAUCCUUCAACGCUGGAAUGAUGCUCAUUCGCCCCAGCAUUGAGCAAUUUAAGCGUCUAUUAAAAAUUGGCGCUUAUCCAUAUAAAUAUGAAAAUGCUCAUAUGAUGGAGCAAAGUUUGCUCAAUCUUGCUUACGAGGAGCAUGGAUGGUUUCCGUGGACUCGCGUUGAUCCUUAUUACAAUGGUGUUUGGUGCUCUCCUGAUGAAUACCAUCAUUUGAAAACUGCACAUGGAAAAUUUUGGAAUAUUGGUAGCUCUGAAUUUGCUCCUGUGUAUCUUGCAGAAUGGUUCCGUGCAUAUGGAGAAAUGCUCGCCUUUCAUCAAUAUCAAACAAAUUAGACUUAUUAUUAAUCUCCCCUUAUAAUAUUUUCUCCUUUGCGGUUUAUCAAAUAUCUAGAUCAUUAGUUAAUUUUGUUAUAUGUUCUAUAAUAGAAUGUUUUAAAAAUCCUUUCAUUUGCUAAUUGCUGAUUGCUGAUUGCUUUAUAAAAAAAAAGGCGCGACCCCAACGUUGGAAACCUUUUCUUGCUAUUCAAAAGAAGUCUUAAUAAAUGGUAUGCUGUACCGAUAUGAAAGCUUUGAAUCGCUUUUAACGUUUUCAUUUGCAUACACAGUUAAAUUAUUAAUUUUUUUUGGCGAAUGUUUUUCUAUACAUUUGUAAACAUUACCC